AUGAAUAACGGUACACUCGUCAUUCGCGGAGAGAAGGUUGCGUCGCGAAAUGUAGGCGGUGUUGGUUUUGUUGUGCACCCAUUUGUCGUCCAUCUUGUCGAUUCUCACGAGAUCCUGUCACCUCGUCUGGCCAUUCUUCGCCUUAGCCCUCUGCACCAAAAAUCCAUCAGUAUCAUCAACUGCUACUCACCAACAUCAGCAGCUGAUGAAUCCGAAUUGGACGCGUUUUACGAGGAGCUGGAAGAAGUAGUCCGCAACAAGAAGUCCUUCUACAAAUUCGUUGUCGGAGACUUCAACGCAAAACUAGGAAAGGCCACAGAAGACGAGUACAGGAUUGGAAGAUUUGGACUAGGGGACCGGAACGAAAAUGGCAAUCGUCUCGCCGGGCUGUUGUUCGCGGCUCGCCUCUUUCAUAGGAACUCUCUUUUCAUGAAAAAAGAUCGUCGUCGGUGGACAUGGGAAUCGUCCAAUAGCGCGACUCUGGUUCUGAUCACCGUCUCCUUCGUGCGAAAAUACGACUUAGCCACACGAUGGAAAAGAACAUCUGCCAUCGGCAACGAAGGAGAAACGAAAGAAAAGAAGUACGCAAUCGCCUACGACGAUUGCGUACUCGAGGACUCCGUGUCCCAAGGUGACUGGCACAUCGAGGAGGACCCAAACGUGGACUACGAGAUGCUGCACAGAAGAUUACGAGCCUGUGCUGAACGCGCCUCGAAGCCGCGCACGAAAAACUUGGAUCGAAUUUCGAAGACCAUCAAGGAAUUGUUGGAAAGAAGAAGGGCUUUGAGGCUUCAUCCGAAUGCAUCGCACAUUGAGCGAUUAGUAGCAAACACUAGCUGCAGAAAAGCGUUGCAGAAGGAUCUUUUGAAAUACAGGCAGAAGAAGAUUCUGGAAGCAGCACAAAGAAGAACGAGUCUAAAGAAGUGCCGCAAGGAUCUCCGCGAAUAUAAUAUUCCGCUAGCAACCUUGCUGAGCGAAGACGGGACUCGCACGUCUUCUCGUCGUGAGAUGAAAAUCAUUACGGAGAGGUUCUACUCGAACCUUUUUCGUUCAUCAACUCCUGUGUCGAGCCCGAUCAUCCCCACUGGCGAAGCUCCACCACGGAUUCUCCCUUCGAAAGCUGGUGGCCAUCCGCUUCAUGUAAUCUUAGCAGUGCACAUGACAUCCUACCUUCAGAAAGAAAAGAUCCCAGACCAGUGGAAGACCUCACGAACCGUCCUUAUCCAUAAGAAAAGUGACCGAGAGGACCUUCGAAAUUACCGUCCGAUAUGCUUGCUGAGCGUGUCAUACAAAGUAUUCACCAAGAUCAUCCUCACGCGCAUAUCUAGGACGCUGGAUGAAGCCCAGCCUCAACAACAAGCUGAAUUCCGCCAGGGGUUCAGCUGCUUGGACCACAUCCAGACCGUGUCGAGCGCUCUGUUACGCAGUGUAGACAUGGGCAGACACCGCGGCCACGUCACGUUUAACCCAAAGGACGCUAAACGCCCCCGAGAGAGACCUUCAACGAGAUGGGGUGACGUGUUCGCUACACGGAUGGACCAGCUAAGACCUCAGCUGGAUACGGCUCAAGGACCUCGUCAAUGUCACUCACGAAGGUUGAAAACAUCUUGGAUGACAAUGACGAGGAAACGAAACGAGUGGAAAAGAUAUGAUGUCCAGUGA